AUGGCAUCGCAACCUUCGAAAUCUGUCCAUAUGUCAGAGAAGCAACAAAAGAAUGUGCUAAUUGUGGGUGCAGGCCCGGUUGGACUUGCUACUGCGUUGAGACUCGCGCUAGCUGGUAUUGUGGUUGACGUGGUCGAGAAGGAGUCGAGACUAGGCGAGGAACCGCGUGCCGUGGCAUAUUACGCAAGUGCACUGAUUGCCUUAGAUAAGAUGGGUGUGCUACCAGAUAUGGAGAAGGCAGGGUUUAUUUCUGGGGGUUUUUGUUGGCGUAAGCCGAUCCGCGAGGAUGGAGAGGGAGGUUACACGAUGGGUGAUGUGAUCGCUCGUUUGCCUAUUCCUCGAGAUACCAAACAGUCCCAUGGUGUCGGUGGCAUCUUGUAUUUGCCGCAGCCGGAGCUGACCAAACUGUUAUUCGAGAAAGCAACCGCAACUGGCUUGGUCACUGUGCAUUUUGAAGAGACCCUCAUCAGAAUCGAACAAAAUGCCUCAUGUAUCAGGGCUACGACCAGGAGAGAUGACAUCGAGACAACGUUCCAGGCAUCAUAUCUAGUGGGUGCCGAUGGCGGUCAGUCGGCUACCAGGAAGCUUUUGGAUAUCCCUCUGAAAGGACACAGCUGGCCAGAGAGACUAAUGGCCAUCGACUUUUUAUUCGAGGAUCCAAACCUUGAUCCUGAGUUCCCUAGCCAGAUGAUCGUACACCCAAUACAUUGGGGCAUUAUUACGCCAUUAAAACCCGUCGAGGCUGGAAAACGAACUUUAUACCGGUGUGCUGUUAGCUUGGACCAAGAAGACCAGACACCAGUUGAUGAGAUGAAUUCAAUCGCUCAUGUCACAUCUCUUCUGGAGAAAAUGCUUCCUGGCCCUAGGCCAAUCAACGCAGAAAUAAUCAAGUCUUCUCUUUAUCGGAUCCACCAAUUGUGUGCUUCUACUUUCAGAAGGGGAAGAUGUGUGCUCGCGGGAGAUGCAGCUCAUCUUAACAAUCCCAUGGGUGGUAUGGGACUUUCAACAGGCCUGAUUGACUCCGAAGCCCUAUGUGAUAUCCUCGAGAUGAUUAUUCUUGAAGGAAAGCCAUUCGAUCUGUUAGACAUAUAUGCAAACGAGAGAGCAAAGGCGUUUCAGAUGUUCGUUGACCCUCAGACCACGCAGCAUAAACUUCGAGUCCAAAGUGACCCUGAAUUUGUUCACGAGAAUUGGUUGUUGCAGCAGCUGAACAAUGCAUCUCCAAAGAUCUUGGAAGAGCUUGGAUUGCCACUUUUCCAACAGUGGAGGGUGGAUAUGAAGGGGAUAGUCUCACAGAUAUUGUAG